AUGACGAAAUCAGCAAAUAACAGUGAAUCAAGUGGAAGCAUACCACCUGUUUAUCUCUUCACUCCCUCUGAUGGUCCCGGCACACAGCUCAUUUCCUGCAAACUAAAUGGCAGGAAUUACAAUACAUCGUCUCUAGCAAUGCAAACAGCGCUUCAGGCCAAGAACAAGCUCAAUUUUAUCGAAGGAAAAGUGUUACAACCAGCAGAAGGAGAACCUCACCGUGAGCAGUGGGUGACUUGUAAUUCGAUGCUCCUCUCAUGGAUUUUCAAUCACCUGGACGAAGAGUUACAGAACUUAGUGGCAGGAGCGAGAAAUGCAAAGACUCUCUGGGACGAUCUUAAGGAACGAUUUUCCCAAGCUCGACUAAUGGCUUACAAGGAAAAGGAGAAAUUGCAUCAGUUCCUAAUAGGACUCAAUCCCGAGUUCCAGACCAUCCGUUCGCAAAUUUUGAGCAUGGAGCCACUGCCAAAUGCGAACAGGGCACAUUCGAUUGCAGCAAACGACGAGGCACAACGAUUAAUCACACACGGCAGAGAAACAAUUUCUGAAUCGCUCGGUUUUGCAGCAAAAAUCAGUCAUGAUUUCGGCGGGGGAUCAAACCCUAACCCUAAUUUCAGCAAUUUCACCAGAGAACACAAACCUCGAAGCCGCCCGUUCUGUGAUUACUGCGGUUGGAAUGGCCAUUUUCGGGCCACUUGCUACCAGCUGAAUGGGUAUCCGGGUUCCGACCAGAGAAAUCCGAAGGGAUCUGGCGCUGGUGGCUCUCGGCCGGGCGGGAGGAACUCGGCCUCUUCUCCCUCGACUCUACAGAACAAACAAGGAGGAGGAGGAGGAGUCGGGUUUUCGUUUUUAGGAGGCCCGGGUAACUCCUAUUCAGGUGGCCCAUCUGAUCAGCGCCAAGCCUAA